AUGAAUUCAAUUUGGCGGAACUACUAUGUUAUUGCAAGUAAUGAUUUGAAGAAUUCUUAUUGGAAAUGUCUAAACUGUAAUCUGUUUCAUCACCAGGUUCAAAUAAUCGAUGGGGCUGAUGGCAAAUGUACUGCGGAAUUCAAAGUAGAACCUGAACAUGUCAAUCGCGGUGGAUUUUUACAUGGCGGGUUUACAGCUACUGUAGUUGAUAUGGUGACCACGUACGCACUUAUGUCCAAACCCUGUAAUCCCGGCGUUACAGUUGAUUUGCAUGUUACUUACUUAAAAGCAGCUAAAGAAGGUGACACAAUUGUAGUUUCUGCAAAUACAAUAAGAGCGGGGAAAAAACUAGCUUUUAUUGAAUGCGUUUUAAUGCAGAAAAAUGAUGGAGCCAUUGUAGCUAAGGGAAGUCAAACAAAAUUUGUAGAAUGUAUGUAGUGAUAAUGAUAUACCACUUCACUGGAUUAUUAAAUAAAAGUCACUAAGUUUAUCGUACAAUAAAUAUGGAAUAAAAACAUUACAAAACUA